UUGCAGCCCCAUCAACUGUACUCCCCACACACGACAAUUUUGAGACAGAGCGGACACUCCUUCGCCAUGGCUACAGCAUUGUGCUCACUCCUUAUUGGAGUUGGCUAUGAUGCGUUUGUCGUUUCUGGAUACGCAAUCAACGAUGUCACUCUCAGGAUUAUGUGCAGGACUGAAUGUCCGUUUCCCGAAUUCAAGGAAGAAGAAGAGGCAGUAGAAGAAAAACUAGAAGAUGACAAAUAUAAAGUCAGGCCUCCUAGAGACCUGAGGAGCAAAUUUUUGAUGAUGAUGGCGAAGAAAGAAAUUGACAAGGCUAAGGCUGAAGAACAAAAGACCUUCGAAGAAGAAAGGUUACGGAUAUUGGAGGAAGAAAAGAGGCCACCAGAUGACCUAGAAGGUGAAAGAGUUCACGCAUGGGUAGCAAUAUUGGAUGGAGAAAGGAAAGUAGACCAACCAUUUUUCAUUGAACCUAGUACAGGAAUGGCCCACCCGUUGGACACCGACCUAUAUUUGGGAAUUGAAAGUGUUUGGAAUCAUCUGAAUUAUUGGGUUAAUCUGCAGGACUGCUCAGAAGGUAUAGGAGCAUUAGAAUACAAUUUAAAAGACGUAAAGAAAUGGGAACAUCUUCUGGUGGGAGAGCCGUACGCCUGGAGACAAUACAAACCUAAAGAAUUUGGAGAAGAAGAAGGGGAAAUAAGAGAUAUGUACGAUGAACAACAUUUAGAUAUGCCGAUGCCAUGGAGUUCGAAAAUUUCUAUACCACACGAAUUGCUGAAAAGGAGAUUUCCUGACGGUGGUAAAGCGACCUACUUCAAAAGAUCUUUACUCGAAGAAUUCGCACCAUACACCUUAGAUGAUGGAUUGGUUAAGAAGAUCACCAGAUUUUCCGACUUCUACUAUACGGAUAUCACAACCAUAGAGGAUUACUACGAAAACAGGAGCGACAAGUUAUAUAUGAGCAUAUAUGAUAACACGACUGGGAUAGUUACUGAUUAUUUCAAGUCUGGAAGAGAAGAUGGUGCUAUAAAGCAUGUUUACAAUAGACAUAACGAUGAGAGAGACGCCGAGAGAAGAAUAUUCUUCAAUAACAAAGCACGUUUCGACAGCUUAUCUAAGAUAGAAUGUGGAGGCAGUAAACUAACUGAGCAUUACUUUGAUCGUGAAGACAAAUUAUAUUUCCGUGAGGUUACUUAUGUAACAGAUUCGAAAGGGAAAAUGGUGGAGAAGGUUUCAGGACGUAGUCCUCUUCAUAAAGUUAUCCAGAAAUUCAAUCGUGAUGAAUCGAAAAAGGCUGACGAUGACAUUGCUGUUCAAGAAUUCGAUUUGAAGGACAGAAUUAUUAACGUCAAGUUCCAGUAUGGGAAAAACAACGUCACUGCAACCACAAGGACAUUCAUCAAACCUCCAAUAUCUGAAAUGGGGGAAGGAAUGAAGUUCAAGCCAGAGUUAACCUACGGAUACCAGGCAGACAUUAGAGCUAAGCCGCCCAGACAGCUGAAUCUGUAUCUUCUUUUCGAAGAUCAACUUAAGGCAGAGGAAAAGGUGUUGAAUCAAAUACGAGAUAUGGAAACUCAGAUUUCCGACUUCCUACUGCUACGCGCCCACGAAAUGGCAUUUUCCAAGCUUGACGUGUCCCUGUACAACAAAGAGCAAAACGCCGAAAACCGCGCAUCCAUGUUAGAAAGAGAGGAAGAGUUGAGACAGCAUAAAGAAAAAGAAGUAGAAGAGGACAUUGAUUGGCUGGCGCCUUACGCUGCAAGGCUUGGUAAUCCGUCAAAGUUCAACUAUAGUCAGGCUUUGGAGGCUAAGAUUAGCUGUCUCGAUGAUUUUAAGAAACUUUUGGUCUCCAGAGCUCAUCGAAUACAAAAAACCUUCGAGAAGAUGGGCGAGCAAUUGCAAACUCUACAAAAUUGGUAUACAGCAAACCACGACAACUUGAACCCGGUAGAAGAAGCGGCAUACUUUGAGAAAGUUAAUGAUAAAAUGUUUUACCUCAAAACGUUGGAAAUGAGGCUUACACGGCAUAAAGAUCUGGCACCAUUAAGAUAUCGACAGAUGGAGGAGUUCUUGAAGCGUCAUCCACAAUUGCAGAUUCUUAAUUAGCCCCGAUAGGAUGCUUUGGCGAAACCAAUAUACAGCAAAAAAUCUGAAGUGUUUCAAACAAUUUUAAUGUUUUAUACUUUUUACACUUUACACUGUAUUAAAAUGCAAUAUAUUUUAAAUCGCAUA